CUGGGCUAUCAACAUCUGGGGGCGGCGCGCGAGCAGUCAGUCGCGUUGCACGAGGCGCGAGCGAGACUCGGGGCUUCCUGCGAGCGCCGCCACUCAGUACUUUGAACCCGCUGCAGUCUGCGCUCCUUCAACGCCGGUGGGGGAACGGCGACACGACGCGAACUCUCCGCCUCUGCCUCCGUCUUGGCCACCAGCAGCAGGACCUCGACACUGGCAUCGAGCCCCUGAACCACAGCGCCGCCGCCGCCGCCGCUGCCGCUGCCUCCACUCGCGAGAAGCGCAUUGAAGAUCUGACAAAAUAUCCCAACGAUGGAUGAGGAAGAAUUUCGCCGAUGUGGCAAGGAGAUGGUGGACUACAUCGCGGACUACCUGUCCACCAUACGGACCCGCCCAGUCUACCCGGACGUGCUGCCGGGCUACCUGAGGCCCAUGAUACCGGCGAAACCCCCUCGGACCCCCGAGACCUUCCGAGACGUGAUGGAGGACGUGGAGAGAGUCAUCAUGCCCGGCGUCACCCACUGGAGUAGCCCUCACUUCCACGCCUAUUUCCCGGGAGCCAACUCGUACCCCGCUCUCCUCGGCGACAUGCUCUCCGGCGCCAUCGGCUGCAUCGGAUUCUCCUGGGCCGCGAGCCCCGCGUGCACGGAGCUGGAGACGGUGAUGCUGGACUGGCUGGCGCGGACUCUGCAGCUGCCCUCACACUUCCUGGCGUGCGGAGACAGCGGGGAGGGGGGCAGCGGUGGGGGGGUCAUCCAGGGCACGGCGAGCGAGGCGACGCUUGUGGCGAUGCUGGCCGCGAGGAAUCGCGCGAUGAGACUGGGCCAGGACCCCCAGGGGAGCCCCGGGGAAUCCGGCAUCCUGGCCCGCCUGGUCGCCUACACCUCCGAGCAGGCCCACUCGUCGGUGGAGCGCGCCGCGAUGUUUGCGGCGGUGCGGAUCCGCAAGCUGCCCACAGACGGGCGCUGCUCGCUCCGCGGGGACGCCCUCAGCGGCGCCGUGGCCACGGACCGUGCCGCGGGCCUCGUCCCCUUCUUCCUGUGCGCCACUCUGGGCACCACGCCCUCCUGCGCCUUUGACAGCAUCAUGGAGCUGGGACCCGUGUGUGAACGCGAGGGACUCUGGAUGCACAUCGACGCCGCGUACGCGGGCAGCGCCUUCAUCUGCCCCGAGUUCAGACCCCUCCUCAACGGAGUCGAGUUUGCAGACUCCUUCAAUUUCAACCCGCACAAAAUGAUGGAGGUGAACUUUGACUGCUCGGCCAUGUGGGUGAAGAGCAAGGCAGACCUCAUCAGCGCCUUCAAGAUGGAACCACUGUACCUGAAACACGACCACCAGGAGUCGGGACUUAUUACGGACUACAGGGUAAACUAUUAUAAUUAAUUUCUCCUAUAUGGUGAUUUAAAUGUUCAGUAACAGUUUGUGACUGAGAACAACGAAUUACUCGUCUCUGUAUCCCCGUGUCUCACUCCCUCACCACCACGCGUCUCACUCCCUCACCACCACGCGUCUCACUCCCUCACCACCACGUGUCUCACUCCACCACCCCACGUCUCACUGCACCACGUGUCUCACUCCCUCACCACCACGUGUCUCACUCCCUCACCACCACGCGUCUCACUCCACCACCCCACGUCUCACUCCCUCACCACCACGUGUCUCACUCCCUCACCACCACCACGUGUCUCACUCCCUCACCACCACGUGUCUCACUCCCUCACCACCACGUGUCUCACUCCCUCACCACCACGUGUCUCACUCCACCACCCCACGUCUCACUCCACCACGUGUCUCACUCCCUCACCACCACGUGUCUCACUCCACCACCCCACGUCUCACUCCACCACGUGUCUCACUCCCUCACCACCCCGUGUCUCUUUCCCUCACCACCCCGUGUCUCACUCCCUCACCACCACGUGUCUCGCUCUGACCCUGGC